CUCUGAUCCUUCAGGCUCCAGACUCGCAGCAGGACUCGGAGCGCGCGCUGCCCUCAGCUGAUCAAUCAGAUCAAUAGAGGAUCGAUACCGGAGUCAGAGGCAUGAGCCCGUGCAGCUGUGCGUCCUCUGCUGCAGGUGGGGCCAGCUGAUGGUGAUGAAGGUCCCGCGGAGACCAGUCUAAGAUGCCACCGGGCCCCGGAGCUCCACACGCGGCUCUGAUCCACACCAACCCCGGAUAGACUCACUCACACUCGGCCACGGUCUGCGGGACGAACCGGGAGGCAGAGCCCGGGACCAGAGAGGGAGCGGCGUGGGGCGGAGCCGCAGGGAGCCGCAAGGAGCCGCAGAGAGCCGGAGGUGAGCAGAGCAGGCCCGCAGAGAUGCUCCUCCCGCGGCUGCCGGUUCUGUCCGCCCUCCUCGUCCUGCUGCUGGCUGCGGGUCGCUGCACCGCGGCGGCGCUGCUCAGAGGCUCCGGCAGCCGGCCGGAGGGUCCGGAGGAAGGCCGGGGAGCGCUGGAGCCAGUCGGCCGAUCUGAGAGGGCCGCGGCGGGGCUUGAAGGAGCCAAAGCCCCGGAGAGAGGAGGCCGGUCUCACCACGGACUGGAGGGUCACCUCAGAGAUCGGCAGCACAAGGAGAAGUUCAUCAUCCACCUGACAGGUCCGCUGUCCUUCGACCCAAAGUGCAGGAAGCAGUUCUACAGGUUGUACUACAACACCAGGGACUGUAUGGUUCCUGCCUAUUUUAAAAGAUGUGCUCGUCUGCUGACUCAACUGGCCAAGAGCCCUCGCUGUACGGAGAGAUAAACACCGACGAUGGUACGACUCUGCUCAGACAUCCAUCUACACAAAACUAAAUAUACGUCCUGAACACUGGACACCAGACGGAACACAGUUUACAGUGGAGACGGAUGAACUACAGCUGGAUGACAGGACUUAGACACAAAAAGACCACAAAGAGACACAAAACUACCACAAAGACACACAAAACGACCACAAGGAGAAACAAAACAACCACAGAGACACAAAGCGAUCACUUGAUUCUUCAUUCAUGUCUUCUUUACAGACUCUGGACAGGAAGUGUUACUGUGACAAUGAGAAGGAGGAGGCGGGGCUUACCGAUGAGGUUCAUCACUGUAGAAGUUCUCCAGCCAAUAGAAACUCAGCGCUGCAGCCAAUGGGCUCGGCCGACUUUACUGUUUGUUGUUCUGCUGUUCUGUCAGACGACCAAUCAGCUCGCGCCUCUGGACCGAACGGAUCCGUUUUUUUUCUGGAGUUAAAUUUGGACGGAAUCUGGAUCAGCGAUCCGGUGCUGGACCUGGUUCUCCUGGGUUCUAACAGAGUGCAACUGACGGCUGAUUUGGUUUCCUGGACCAUGAAGUUCUUUUCUAGAGGAACCGAGGACCAAAGCUUCAUAGCCACUUCUUAAAAACUGAUGUUUCCAACAAUAUUCUGUGUAUUUAUUCUGUUGAUGCUGAGGAAUAAAGGCAAACGUUUCACAGAGA